AUGUUUGAUCCUUCAGCAGGUUGCAGAGCGUUGGUGGUCGCGACUCGCCUGCACCUUGGGAAAGCCUCAGCGCCACCAUUGCAGAAAGAUUUGGACGCCAAAGUGGCUUCCUUUAUUAGAUUUUGCUCCCAUUCUUGCCAAGCUGCUGUAGGCGUGGUAGCCGUCGAUGCCACAGAAAGAAUUGCUGGCUUUGACUUGGUAAAAGCGGUUCAGAGAUCGUGCGACAAAGCCCUUGAAGAUACAAGCGUAUCGACGGAGAUUAUCCUGUUGCCGGUAUCUCCCUGGGGAAAGUUCGUUCCGGCCUUGAAUGCGUUGGUCACAUUCGCGACUACUCACGCCUGCAAAGCAAAGCAGGUGCUAUUUGUGUCCGCGGAAACGAUGGCAUCGCCAGAAUCGAUAGAUGUUCUACUGUCACAUAUUACUGCAGCCGAUGACGUUUUGGUCGCCGGCGCUCUUCUGCCUGGUCAUCUAUACGAGGCAUCAGUGGAUGGAAAUGAAGCUUUGGAAGUGGAACUGAACGGACGAACGGCACCUUGGAAUACAAUGGCCGUGUGGAAUUUGAAAAAGCUUGCACUCACUGGAUUUCAGUUAGUUUCUGAAGGACAUUUAACCGACGAUCAGACGCAACCUUCUUAUGGCGUUGAAGAAGUAGUUGCAAUUGCCAUGCUGCAAGCCCUUUUGGGUAAGGAAAUGGCUGUGGCAAAACUCGUGCGAUUGCCUGGUGUCGAUUGGGAUCAAUCUUUUUGCGACCCCGAGCGGCAAAAAUGGCACGUGGCCAAGAUGGAAUCCAAACGCAUCCGAUCGCAAGUACAGUUGGAUUUGUUGGGUUUAAAAGGAUCUGUAAUUCAUUGCUAG